AUGAGUGUGUAUAGGCUGCAGCAACUCAAGGGGCAUAUUUUGCCUGGAAAUAAGUUCACAGCAAUGGCCGGCCCUGCUAGCCCCUUGACCACCCAUGUGCUGAACACUGCAAUGGGUGUCCCUGGUGCAAACAUAGCCCUCAGUCUCCAUCGACAAGACCCCUCCUCGAGUGCCUGGAGUUUGAUAACCACUGGGAUCACUAAUGCUGAUGGACGUUGCCCAGGACUCAUCACAACACAAAUGUUUACUUCCGGGGUGUAUAGAUUGCAUUUUGAGACGGCUCAGUACUGGGAGAGUAUGGGAGAGACCGGCUUCUACCCGUAUGUUGAGAUUGUCUUCACUAUAAAUGACCCAGCCCAAAAGUACCAUGUCCCACUGCUCCUGAGUCGUUUCUCUUAUAGUACAUACAGAGGGAGCUAG